GUUGUAAAAUCAGUGAACGUUUCACGUGUGCGGACGGUUUUCUGGUGUAGUGUAGCGCGUUUUUUUCACGGUACAAAAAUCUCACAAACUACCUACAUACAAUAGUUGGACACAAGUGUCUUUUGUUUUAGUGCAAAGUAAAAAUUGUUUGUUUUCACAAUUGGAAAUAAGUGCCAGCAAAUUGGCAAUAGUUGGAAAUAAAUAUUAUUGAAAGUGGCAAAACGAAAACGCGCGUUCAACGCUGGGAAAAUGUAAGAAAAUCUUUACUUGAUUCACUAGACGACGCGUAGUGCAUUGUAGUGACAAAGAAAAAUUGAAAUUUUCCAAUUUACAAAAGCAAAGAAAAUUGUGUUAGUGCAACAAGUUGCGGCAACAUGAAGUUGCAGUUGUGAGUAAUAUGAAAUAUUUACAUUAGUUGGUUGAAAAUAUAUUUCUCUGUGUGUAUAAAGUGGCCAAAAGUGCUGUUCAUAAGUUAAAUAUACAACAAAUUACAACAAAAAGUGUUUGUUAUUGGCAAUUUUGUGGCACUUUUGUGUGUUUGUUGCGCUCUAAAUAUAAUAACAAGUGGCGUUUGAGAGCAACGAAUAUUUGGCAAGUGCGACAAUCACAAGUGUUUUGUUCAAGUUGCCACAAAUCGCAACUAUUUCCACUGGAAUACCAACAACACAACAAUUGUGACCGUAAAAGGAAUACAGCACCAACAAGCAACACAAUUGCGGAAAAAAUUAAAUUCUCUACAAUGUCAUAAACGAGCAUGUUCUAUUGAUAUAUCAGCAUAAUGAAGACAUAGGACAAGUAUAAGUAAGCAGUGGAGAAUGUACUAGUCGCCACUAGUAGCUUUAAUCACAUACUAAGAAACCACCUUGAGCUGCUCUUCGGAGAGUAGCGCAGGCGGCACCAAGAACUCCACACAAAAUGGUGAAAUAUAAAGUAAAUAUGAAAAUGCGCAAUUCUCAACGAGCUGUACAACAGUUUGAUAUGACAAAUUUGAAGACAAUCACACAAGCGCACAUAUCCGAACAGUAUGUUAAACGCAGAAUCACCAAUGGAGUUGAAGCUUGCAACAACAACUUGAAUACACACAAAAGCACCCGCACUCAAAAACAGCUCUCAUUUUACGCUUACAGCUUACUUUUGACGAUUUGUCUGCUCGCCUCCUCGUGCGUGUCAGCCGAACAUGUCCGAGAACUCGAGGUAUCCGAAGGAGUGCCCAUCGGACAUCAGAUUGGUUUUAUCGGUGAGUUCUCGCAUGGCGUCGAUAGCGGGCCGCCCUAUCUGAUCGUGCCGGUACCGGGUAGUGGCGUGGAUACCGAUUUGGCUAUCGAUCAUACAACCGGUGAGAUACGGACUAAAGUGUAUUUGGAUCGGGAGACGCGUGCAUCGUAUAGUUUGGUGGCGAUACCGUUAAGUGGUGAAAAUGUGCGCGUUGUAGUGCGUGUCUUGGAUGAGAACGAUAAUGCGCCGACAUUUCCGCAACCGGUAAUGAAUAUCGAAUUUCCCGAGAAUACGCCGCGUGAUGUGAAGAGAACGUUGAAUCCAGCACGUGAUCUGGACUUGGGUCAAUACAAUACACAGCGUUACAAUAUCGUGUCGGGUAAUGUGAAUAAUGCGUUUCGUUUGUCGUCGCAUCGCGAACGUGAUGAUGUGUUGUAUUUGGACUUGCAAAUUAACGGUUUUCUCGAUCGCGAAACGACUCCAGCCUAUAGCCUGGUGAUUGAAGCUUUGGAUGGCGGCAGUCCGCCUUUGCGUGGUCAGAUGACUGUGAAUAUAACGAUACAAGAUGUCAACGACAAUCAGCCAAUUUUCAAUCAGAGUCGUUACUUUGCCACUGUGCCCGAAAAUGCAACGGUUGGCACGAGCGUACUGCAGGUUUAUGCCACAGACACGGAUGCCGAUGAAAAUGGGCUAGUCGAGUACUCGAUAAACAGACGGCAGAGUGACAAAGACAAAAUGUUCCGCAUAGAUCCGGAGACUGGUUUGAUUUCGGUCAAUAAACCGUUGGAUUUCGAGACCAAGGAGCUGCACGAACUUGUAGUGGUGGCGAAAGAUCAUGGCGAACAGCCAUUGGAGACCACUGCCUUUGUGUCCAUACGCGUAACUGAUGUCAAUGACAAUCUACCAACUAUCAACGUAAUAUUUCUGAGUGAUGACGCCACACCCAAGAUCUCCGAGUCGGCGAAGCCCGGUGAGAUCGUUGCGCGCAUCUCUGUUAACGAUCCCGACUCGAAGGCUGAAUACUCCAACGUAAAUGUUACACUGAACGGUGGCGAUGGACACUUUGGUCUGAAUACACGUGAUAACAUUAUAUAUCUGGUGAUUGUCUCACAGCCGCUAGAUCGUGAGUCACAGUCGAACUACACACUCAGCGUUGUGGCCACGGAUAAUGGCACGCCACCACUGCAUGCCUCAAAAACCAUUUAUCUACGCGUCACGGACAUCAAUGACAAUGCGCCCGAGUUCGAGCAUGAAACGUAUCACGCCAAUGUGAUGGAAGUCGCCGAUCCGGGCACAUCCGUCCUGCAGGUGUCCGCCUACGAUCGCGAUGAAGGAAAUAACUCCGCGGUGAUUUACGCGCUCGCCGAUACGCCGGAAACGCAUGCCGAAUGGUUUCAAAUCGAUUCGCAUACCGGCUUGAUAACGACGCGCGCGCAUAUCGAUUGCGAAACCGAACCGGUGCCACAGUUAACGGUCAUCGCCAAGGACAAUGGACAUCCACCACUCUCAUCGACUGCGACAGUGCUCGUGACCAUACACGAUGUCAACGAUAAUGAACCGAUUUUCGAUCAAAGCUUCUAUAAUGUUUCGGUAGCAGAGAACGAGCCGGUCGGACGCUGUAUACUCAAGGUGUCGGCCAGCGACCCAGAUUGCGGUGUUAAUGCAAUGGUCAAUUAUACGCUAGGCGAUGGUAUCAAACAGCUCGCCGAAUUCGAGGUACGCUCUGCGACAGGUGAAAUAUGCAUAGCCAGCGAGUUGGACUAUGAGAAGCGUAAUUCGUAUGAGUUUCCAGUGAUAGCAACCGAUCGAGGUGGCUUGAGCACCAUAGCGCGCAUCAAGAUCCAACUGACCGAUGUCAACGACAAUCGUCCCGUUUUCUAUCCGCGCGAAUACAAUGUGUCGUUGCGUGAGACGGCUAGCGCCAGCGCGGCGACCGCACCCAUUGUCGCCGUCGUUGCUACCGAUGCCGAUGCGGGCCGUUUCGGCACUGUGACCUAUCGCAUUGUGGCCGGCAAUGAGGCGGGCAUAUUUCGCAUCGAUCGCGCCAAUGGCGAAAUUUUCAUCAAUCGCCCGAAUAUGUUGUCGGUGCGCACGCAACCGGUGCAUGUGUUGAAUAUUAGCGCCAGCGAUGGUGGUGGCAUGCGCAGCUCCACGGAUGCAUUGGUCUUUCUCAGCAUCAUUGAUGCGACACAGCGGCCGCCGAUCUUCGAGAAGCCGCGCUACAGUUAUCACGUGAAGGAGGAUGUGCCGGGUGGCACAGUAGUUGGUUCGGUGAUGGCCACCAGCAGUGAUGCGGUCAAUCGCAAUGGCGUUCGCUAUUCAAUUUACUCUGGCGAUCCAGAAGGUUACUUCAGCAUUGACGCCAUUACGGGCAAUAUACGCAUUGUUAAUCCAUUGGAUCAUGAAAUGAAACCACAAAUUCUACUCAACAUACAAGCGAUGAGCGGAGAUCCACCAGCUUAUGGACAUACUCAGGUCAACAUCGACAUCGAGGACGUCAACGAUAAUGCACCCGAAUUCGAAACGAACUUGGUACGCAUAUCCGUGCCGGAAAAUGCCGAUCUCGAGACCCCACUCUAUGCGGCGCAUGCGCACGAUAAAGACUCUGGCAAAAGCGGUGAGAUCACCUACACGCUACACAUGAUUUCCGCCGAUCAAUACCAAUCAGCAGCCGAACAACAGCAACAACUGUAUCUCGGCAAUGUCAGCAAUGCCGUACAAUCGGCGCGUCCAACGCUAAACACCUUUGCUGGCUCACCCACGGGCGCGUUGGCCAUACGCAAUCGCCUGGCAGCUGCAGGUACAACGGCAUAUGCUGCUGGUGUUGCCACGCUCAGUAACGCGCAUAUGGUUGCUGCGGCGGCGGGCCUCUCAGCUGCCGCCAUGAACCGUAUGACCGCUGUUGUGGCGGUGGAACAGAAUCUCUUCGCAAUCGAUGCACGCUCGGGCCACCUAACACUGUCACGACACCUCGACUACGAGACGGCACAGCGGCAUGCGCUGAUAGUGACGGCGACGGAUGGCGGUGAGCCGCCCUUAUCGUCGAACCUCACCAUACUGGUGGAGGUGCAGGAUGUCAACGAUAAUCCGCCGAUGUUCGAACGCAACGAAUACUCAGUGAAGGUGUUGGAGUCGUUGCCGAUUAAUUCACAGAUCCUGCAAGUGACAGCCAUCGAUCUGGAUACCGGCAACAAUGCGCGCAUCACCUACCGCCUGGUGAGCAGCGCCAACAGCACGCUAACACUCAGCGCCGGUGGUAAGCUGCCAACACCAACGCAGCUACAUCCCAGUGGCGGCGCUACGAAGCAACAAACACUUUCCGCCGCCGACGCCGAGUUGGCGCAAUUGUUCGGCAUCUUUCCCAACAGCGGUUGGUUGUAUUUGCGCGGCAGCUUGGACCGUGAGUCGCGCGAUCGCUACGAACUCACCAUUAUGGCCAGCGAUAAUGGCACACCGGCUGCACAUGCACGCGCACGUGUCAUCGUCGAGGUGUUGGACGCCAACGACAAUGAUCCGCGCUUCCUGAGCGCCGCCUAUGAGUUUGUCAUCGAGGAGAAUAUGCGUCGUGGCGCACUCGUAGGUGUGGUGGGCGCCACCGAUCUGGAUGUGGGUGAGAAUGCGGAGAUACGCUACAGCUUGAUACCAUCGAAUACGAGUUUUCAAGUCAAUGCAAUAACAGGCGAGAUCACCACCCGCGAACCGCUCGAUCGCGAACAGCGCGCCGUCUACGAUCUGGUGGCGGAGGCACGCGAUCAAGGCACCCCCUACCGCAGUGCGCGCGUUCCCGUCAAAGUGCACAUCACCGAUGUCAACGACAAUGCGCCGGACAUUGUUGAUCCGCAAGAGGAUGUGGUCAGCGUACGCGAAGAACAACCGCCCGGCACUGAGGUGGUGCGCAUUCGUGCCGUCGAUCGUGAUAACGGCCAGAAUGCAUCGAUCACCUACUCGAUAUUGAAAGGUCGUGAUUCGGACGGUUACGGCCUGUUCAACAUUGAUGCAGUAACGGGUGUAAUUCGCACACGAGUCGUGCUGGAUCAUGAGGAUCGAAGUAUUUAUCGUUUGGCAGUAGCCGCAACGGACGGUGGCAAUCCACCCAAGCAGUCGAUACGUUUGUUGCGCGUUGAGGUGUUAGAUUUGAAUGACAAUCGACCGACGUUCACCAGUUCCAGCUUGGCGUUUCGGGUACCCGAGGAUGUAGCAGUCGGAUUUGUUGUCGGUUCGGUGAGUCCCAACGAACGUAUCGAUCAGCAGAAUAUGAUCGACGGUAACAGCGAUCUCUUCGUCACGUACACACUCACAUCUUUGGUGAAGGAUGUGAUCGAAGGCGCAUUCGAUAUCGAUCGCCACACCGGUUCGUUGGUGGUUGCACGUCAGCUGGAUCGUGAAGUUCAGUCCGAAUUUCGUUUGGAAAUACGUGCUUUGGACACAAGCGCUAGCAACAAUCCACAGAGUAGCGCCAUUACGGUCAAAGUAGAAAUCGCCGAUGUCAAUGACAAUCCGCCAAGAUGGUUGAGCGACCCUAUCGAGCUAAAAAUUAGUGAAGCCACCGAUGUCGGCGCUAUAAUCUACAAUUUUAGCGCAACCGAUGCGGAUACGGGCAGCAACAGCAAUCUGCAAUAUAAAUUGCUCAGUUAUACACCGAUGAGUACCAUUACGAUCGGUGACACUUCCAACGAACAGACAUCGGCUGAACGCAAGGAGGCCGAACCGAUUUUCAGUGUCGACGCGCUGACAGGCGCCUUAACGUUGCUCGCCCCACUCGACUACGAGUCCACGCACCAGUAUACGCUCAUCGUUGAGGCUAUGGAUCAAUCUUCGAAUGUUAGCGCACGUCUACGCACCAAAGUCACCACUAUUUUGCAGGUGACAGAUGUCAAUGACAAUGCACCACAAUUUGUGUCGCCUGUCGCCAGCAGCGCUACAGCCGCCGAUCAACGCUUCCACACGCCACCAGUGGCCACUGUGCGAGUCAGCGAUGCGUUACGCAUUGGCGAAACUGUCGCGCACAUCGUGGCGAUCGAUAAAGAUGCCGGCGCAAAUGGCGAGAUCACUUACGCCAUUGUGAGUGGCAAUGAGGCUGGACACUUUCGCAUGAACACGCAGACAGGAUACAUUGAGUUGGCCAAGCAACUGCCGCCGACAACCACAAACGGUGUUGGUGAUAUGCCAGAGGCGCAAAGAAAUCGUUACAAUUUGGUGGUAAGCGCUAGUGAUCACGGCACACCAACAGCGCGGCAAUCGCAAUUGAAGCUACAGAUUUUGGUGCAAGGCACCAACAGCAAUCCACCACGCUUCCAUCAAUCCGUCUACUAUGCAAAUAUAUCGGAAAAUGCAGCUCCUGGUACUUUUGUGCUGCAAGUGGCGGCGAAGUCCUUCAAUGGCGGCGACAGUGGCAAUCUCAGCUACGAGAUACCAACAGGUGUCGCCGAUAAUCACUUCCACGUUGAUCGGCAGCGCGGCAUUGUCACCACACGCGGACAAUUCGAUCGCGAAACAAAAGCGCGCUACACGAUACCGAUCUACGUAUAUGACACCAAUAAUAUCGCCACCACAACGGCGGCUACCUCAGCGGCAAGUACCAACACGAUUGGUGCGCUCACAGGCAGCAGUACGACGGCGGCAACCGCGCCAUUGGCAGCGACAGCUGCGGCAUCAAGUGGACAAUUUGAUAUUGCGACAAUAAUCAUCACAAUCAGCGACGUUAAUGAUCAUGCGCCCGAGUUUCGUCCCGGCGCUUGCUAUGCACUCUCCGUGCCGGAAAACAACGAAUUCGCCGUCAUACAUACAGUGGUGGCCACCGAUCUCGAUGAGGGCGCAAAUGGCGAGAUCUUCUACAGCAUUGUCGGUGGCAAUAUCGGCAAUAAGUUCAGCAUCGAUGUGCAAACUGGCGAGUUGACAGCGCGUUGUCUCGAUCGUGAACAGCACUCGCGUUACCUGUUACAGAUCCAGGCUCAAGAUCGUGGCACGCCCAACACUUACCAGGGUCACUGCAACAUCACCGUCGUUGUGGAGGAUCAUAAUGACAACGAUCCGCGCUUUGAGCAAACGAAAUAUGUGGCGAAUAUCGCCGAGAGUGCGGCGAUCGGCGCAAGUGUGUUGCGCGUAAAAGCGACGGACGCUGAUUUGGGUAUCAAUGCGCGUUUGGUCUACUCGCUGGCUAAUGAGACACAAUGGUUAUUUGCGAUUGACAGCAAAACGGGCAUCAUCACAACAGUGGGCCCGCUAGACCGCGAACGCCAGAGUGUGUACAACUUUUUGGUAGUCGCCACCGAUGGUGGUCGUUAUAGCGCUCGUUCCGCGCAGGUGCCUGUCCAAAUCGUGGUCGACGAUGUAAACGACAAUCGCCCGGUCUUCGAGCGUUACCCAUUUCGUGCACAAGUGCCGGCGCUUAUACAACCGGGCCAAAUGCUGCUGCAAGUCAGCGCCACCGACGUCGAUGCCGGUAUCAACGGUGAAAUACUCUACUCACUGGGCAACAACGCCGAUGCGGCGACACGCAAUAAAUUCCGCAUUAAUCCCAGCACUGGCGUGGUGAGCGCCACACAGAGUUUGGCCAGCGAGUCGGGCCGCCUGCUGCACAUCGAAGUGGUGGCACGCGACAAAGGUAACCCGGCGCGCACGGCACUCGGCCUUAUAGAGUUGCGCGUCGGUGACAUGGCAGCCGGCGCACCGGUAUUGCGUUUUCAAAACGACACUUAUCGCUUGAAGUUGCGCGAGAAUACGGCGGCGGAUGUGCGUGUGCUGCAAGUGUCGGCGGUGCGUAGCGAUGGACGUCGCCAGCAGAUCUACUAUUCCAUUGGCGCAGGCAAUGAGGAUGGCGCAUUCAACAUCGACGCCAACACCGGCGAGAUAAAAGUCGCCAAUGCUGCGUAUCUGGACUAUGAGCGUUUUGUGGGCACAGCAUACGAGACGGCUGCCGCAGGUGCAGGCGGCACAUAUCGCGGACGCGCAAUGUACUAUGAUGGAGAUGCAGAGCUGAGCGCAAGUUUGGAGAAUGUAACCAACAUUAUGGGUGACGAGCAAAUCGCUGAUAGCCAACAGUUGAGUCGCAAUCAACGCGAACUACAAAUGUCGACCAACAUUGAAAAUAUGCAAUACACCGCACAACCGCAUGAAUUACGCCUGGUACUCGUCGCACGCACCGACGCAACACCACACCUCUAUGCCUAUGCGGAGUUAAUCAUCGAACUGGAAGACGAGAACGACAAUAGUCCGCACUUCACGCAAUCCCAAUACAGCAAAUCGGUGUGGGAGGGCAACAACAAGGGCACGUUUGUGGUGCAGGUGCAAGCAUUCGAUGCGGACGCUGGCGCAAAUGCGCGCAUUCUCUAUCACAUCGUCGAUGGCAAUCACGAUAAUGCGUUCGUCAUUGAGCCCGCCUUCAGUGGCAUUGUGAAGACGAAUAUUGUGUUGGAUCGCGAAAUCCGUGACAUGUACAAGCUAAAGGUGAUCGCCACGGACGAAGGGGUGCCACAGAUGACGGGCACGGCAACGAUACGCGUACACAUUGUGGAUGUGAACGACAAUCAACCGACUUUUCCGCCGCACAGUGUGAUUAGCGUGAGCGAAGGCACCGAAUUGGGUACAGUCAUCACCACAGUAUCAGCGAACGAUGUCGAUACCUACCCGGCGCUUACUUACCGCUUCGGCGGCGAUCUGCCCGACACCCAACAGUACAUGAAUAAACCGCUCUUCGCACUCGAUCGCUACAGCGGUAAGGUGACACUACGACGCCAUCUCGACUAUGAGGAUCAACAAGAGCAUCAAUUGGAAAUCAUCGCCUCAGAUGCGGCACAUGAGGUGCGCACAACGCUAACAGUGCGUGUUAGUGAUGAGAACGACAACGCACCCAUAUUCGACGCGCAACUGCCGCCUGCUUAUGCCGCCACGCUACCCGAUCAGCAAGUGAUCAGUUCAGCCGCCGCUGCAGCAGACAUUGAGUUGGUUAUGGUCAAUGCUACAGAUGCGGAUGCUGAAGGUCGCAAUUCCGAGAUACAUUACAGCAUCGAACCGCCAUUGCGUGGUUUCACCAUCAACGAACAGAGCGGUGCGGUAUUUGUGAAUAUGACACGCCUUGGCGCUAUAGCCAAUGAUCUGUAUGUGAUGAUCACAGCACAGGAUGGCGGCGUUAUGCCGUUGAAAAGUUCAACAGUUCUACGCGUGCGCGCCAGUAAGGGCAACAGCGGACGCGUGCAAUUUCUACAAACGCAAUAUCGCGCACAAAUCAAUGAAGCCGCGCCACUUGGAACGGUGGUCCUACGCCUUAGCCAAGAUGUGCUCAAUGCGCAUGCAGACCGCGCUGCUGGUACGUUGUUAUUCAAAAUAGUCUCCGGCAAUGAGGACGCCGCUUUUGAAGUGUAUCAAUCGAGCGCAAUUAUACUUGUGAAGCCACUUGAUCGCGAACGCAGCGACAUCUAUAAGUUGCGCUUGGUGGUUAGUGACGCGCAUGCUUCAUCGCAACAAUUGCUGGCGCAAGCAGCAGACAAUUCGAGCACAGCAAUUAAUGUAUUUGUCACAGUGGAGGACGCCAAUGACAAUGCACCGAAAUUCGCCACCGACGUUAAGUACGAGGCUGAGGUGAGCGAACUUGCACCACUGCGUCAUUCCAUCGCCAAACUGGUGGCCACCGAUGCCGACCUGGAGAAUACGCCCAACUCGGAGGUGGUGUACGAUAUAACGUCUGGCAAUGACGAGGGCAUGUUCACCAUCGACCUCGUGUCCGGUGUGUUGUUCGUGAACAACAAAUUAGACUUUGACACUGGCGAAAUGAGCUAUGCGUUGGUGAUACGUGCCUGCGACAGUGCACCCGAGCCGCUAUGCAGCCUGCAACCGUUCCGUUUGACGUUGCGCGAUGAAAACGAUAAUGUGCCGCGUUUUCCAGUCACCGAGUAUGUUGAGUUUGUGGGUGAAAAUGAGCCGGUCGGCACUAGCGUGUUUACAGCUCGUGCAACCGAUUUGGAUCGCGGCGCUUAUGGUCGCCUCAACUAUACCGUCGAUCACGAGGCUGUUGGAUUGGAUGAUGUCUCUUGGAAGCUGUUCCGUGUCGACCCGCAUACGGGCAUUGUCACCUCGAAUGCGGUGUUUGACUAUGAGCAGCGACACCGCUACGACUUUGUGCUGCGCGCCACAGAUAGCGGUGGCAAGUCGGCACGGGUUAAAGUUCGCAUUGAAAUCGAAUCAAAAGACGAAUUCGCACCACAAUUCACAGAGCGCACCUAUCGCUUUGUGAUGCCAUCGCCGUCAACGGGCUACCUGCCGUUGGGCUAUGUUGUGGGCCAAGUGACGGCGACCGAUCGCGAUAAGGGAACUGAUGGACGUAUUGUUUACCAAUUAAGUUCUCAGCAUGCCUACUUCAAGGUGAACCGCACGAAUGGCGCGGUGGUGAUCAAAAAGAAAGUCGACGACAAUUUCGAUGAUGGACGUGAUAUCAGCCUGGUGAUUGCCGCCAGCUCGGGCAGACAGGGCUCACUAACCAACAUGACUGUUGUGGAAAUCUCCUUGGAUCCGCUAGCCAGCCUUGGUACAAAUAUGGCAAGUAAUGGUGCUGCCAGUGGCAGCAGUGGUGUUGCCGAUUGGCUGGUAGGACUGAUAGUCGCGGUGUUGUUGGUGCUUUGUGCGGUUGCUGGCAUUUUCCUAUUCGUGCGCAUGCGUAGUCGCAAACCACGGAAUGUGACAAAGCCGCACUUAAGCACAGAGACAGUAGGUGCCUCGAAUAGUUACGUCGAUCCGAGCGCUUUUGAUACAAUACCAAUUAGAGGUGGCGUAAAUGCCGGACUAGCUGGUAGCAGUGGUAGCACUGGUGUGGCCUCCGCUGGUGCAGGACAAUUUGCGCCACCCAAAUAUGAUGAGAUACCGCCUUAUGGCGCACAUGCUGCAAGCUCCAACUCAGGUGCGGCGACAACAUCCGAACUCUCCGGGUCCGAGCAAUCGGGUUCGAGUGGACGCGGUUCGGCCGAGGAUGAUGGCGAAGAUGAAGAGAUACGCAUGAUCAACGAAGGGCCACUACAUCAUCGCAACGGCGCGGGUGGUGUUAACGGUGAGGAUGGACGCAUGUCCGAUAUCUCGGUACAGAAUACGCAGGAAUACUUAGCACGUCUGGGCAUUGUGGAUCGUGAAGCGAAUGCCACAGGCGCUGCUUCGAACUCAUCGCAUCGUUGCUCAGACGGUAUGGGUGGUUCGCAGAAAGACACUCAUCUCCAUCAUCCACUGCAGAUGCAUAUGUACGAUGAAGAUCCCGCCGCACAAACAGACAUCACCAACCUCAUCUAUGCGAAACUGAAUGACGUAGCUGGUGCCGCUUCAGAUCGCGCAAGUAGCGCAGACGAAGCUGCCACUAACGCAGGUAGUGUGGGCGUGGCUGUCGAUCGCGUAAUCAACUUCACCAACGUACCCGUCGGUCAUGUGCCCAAUGUCGGGCAUCCCGCAAAUGUUGGUCCACCCAUGAACGGUUCACUCAGCUCCAUCGUACACAGCGAGGAAGAGCUCACUGGCAGCUACAACUGGGAUUAUCUGCUCGACUGGGGGCCACAAUAUCAACCGUUGGCGCAUGUCUUCUCCGAAAUUGCUCGCCUCAAAGACGACAAUAUGUCUGUGCAUAGCGGCAAUAGCGGUGCCUCGUCCAGCGCGAAAAGUAAACAGUCGCAAGCGCAUUCCAUCGGCACCGUAAAGACACACAUACCACCGCCAUUACUAACGAAUGUAGCGCCGCGCGCCAUCAAUAUGGCAGUGCUCUCGGGCGCAGGCGUGGGUGUACGACUGCCACAAGCGGCGCAGCAUCACAUAGCCACAACAUCAUUAGGCGGUCCAGCGACGGGUGGUGGUCAAGUGAACGCCAGCGGUCAGUACAUGGCGCCACGUUCGCCCAUCAGUCACGAUACACCAGGUGGCUUCAGCACGUCCAGUGCGAUGUCGCCUUCCUUCUCGCCAUCACUCUCACCGCUCGCCACACGCUCACCAUCGAUAUCACCGCUCGGUGGUGUGACGACCGGUCAUCAUUUGGUAUCGCUGCCGCGACAUGCGCCUCAGCCGACGCAGCGUGGCAAGAAUACAAUGUUGGUGGAACAGGAAAUGCGCGUGCGUAUGUGAUGAAAGAGCGCAAACCCGGUGGGGGCUUGAAUUUCAAACAGUUAAAUACUACACGUUUAUACAUAGAGCAAACAACAAAGUGAUCAUUAGUUUUGUAGGCUGAACUUUAAAUGAUAUUCGUAGUAAGUGUAUACAAUACAAGUUAGUUGCGUUAAGUAGACAAACGUUUACAAUACCGUUUCCGUAAUAAAGGAAAAAAAAUCCGAAUUAGUUAAACAAAGAGUACUUUGGAGUUUGGUGAGUUGUUGGUGUUUAACAAACUAUUUCUCUUUUUGUAUUGUGCUGAACUUUCGAACUGACCUACUAUACUCACCACUCUCGGCUGUGGUAUUAAGCAUUUUAGCCUUAA